CCGCCCCGAACGCACUUGGGACGCGGUGGGUGGAGGCGCGUCCCGGCCUGCGGGAGGAACAGGGCAGAGGCCGGCCUCCCGCACGUCCCCCGCGGCCGCGGCUCGUGGGCGUGGCCUCUUGUGCCACGCCCCUGACACGCCCCCGGGCCCCUCUCCGGGCGGGGGUCCCCUCCCUCUUCAGCCCUGGACCCAGCGUGGCGCGCUCCCCCCUGGGUGCCAUGGCCUCGCGGCUCCUACACCGGCUGCGACACGCCCUGGCCAGCGAUGGCCCCGGGGAGGCGGCGGCGGGCCCAGAGGCCGAGCAGUUCCCUGAGAGCUCAGAGCUGGAGGACGAUGACGCCGAGGGCCUGUCCUCCCGCCUGAGUGGCACCCUCAGCUUCACCAGUGCGGAGGAUGACCCUGACGACGAAGACGAGGACGACGAGGCGGGCCUCGACUCGCCGCCCUCUGGAGACGGGGCAUCGGGAGAAGACGCAGAACGAAGUCCCCCACCUGAUGGACAACGGAGCAGUCAACUCCUGGCCCGCCAGCUGCAGGAUUUCUGGAAAAAGUCUCGAAACACCCUAGUUCCACAGAGGCUGCUCUUUGAGGUGACCAGCGCCAAUGUUGUCAAAGACCCUCCCUCCAAGUACGUGCUCUACACCCUCGCCGUGAUGGGCCCAGGGCCACCAGAUCGCCAGCCAGCCCAGAUCUCUCGCCGAUACUCGGACUUUGAGCGGCUGCACAGAAACCUGCAGCGGCAAUUCCGGGGCCCCAUGUCUGCCAUCGCCUUUCCCCGUAAGCGCCUGCGCCGGAACUUUACUGCAGAAACCAUUGCCCGUCGCAGCAGGGCCUUUGAACAGUUUUUGGGCCACCUGCAGGCAGUGCCAGAGCUACGCCAAGCUCCGGACCUGCAGGACUUCUUUGUGCUGCCAGAGUUGCGGCGGGCACAGAGCCUCACCUGCACUGGUCUUUAUCGUGAGGCUCUGGCAUUGUGGGCCAACGCCUGGCAGCUGCAGACCCAGUUGGGCACCCCUUCUGGCCCAGACCGUCCCCUGUUGACUCUGGCUGGGCUGGCCGUGUGCCAUCAGGAGCUGGAGGAUCCCGGCGAAGCCCGAGCCUGCAGUGAGAAGGCCCUGCAGCUGCUGGGGGACAAGAGACCCCAUCCUUUCCUGGCACCCUUUCUUGAGGCCCAUGUCCGGCUCUCCUGGCGCCUGGGCCUGGACAAACGGCAGUCGGAGGCCCAGCUUCAGGCACUACAGGAAGCAGGCCUUACCUCUACCCCACCGCCCAGCCUCAAGGAGCUGCUCAUCAAAGAGGUGCUGGACUAACUUCCUCCUGUCUUAAGGCCAUGCCUAGGAGACAGGCUGCCCCAGGUUAGGGGACAGGGGCUGAGGACACAGCAACUGGGAGCCCCAAUAGUAGUUCCAGAAAGAGUCUGCAGUAGACUGAGAGGAACUUUAUUAUGCCAGACAGGACCCCGAGCAGGCUUUGGCUGGGGUUACCCUAGGAUGACACCAGGAGGAAGCCUUGGCACAGGCUCUUCAGCCUACCACAGCUGGAGGCUGUGGCCAAGGUCAGAAUCAGUAUGUCUCUGUUUCCAUGGGCCUCUAAACCAGUGAAACAGUUUGGUGAGGGGCUGGGGACUGCGACUGUAGUCCUGAAGUCAGAGGCAUGGGGAGGGCUGUAGUUCUAUUAAAGGUCAGCUACUCCAGUGUUAGCAAUCUCUUUAUUGUAUGUAAGAGGCAGGAAGCCCAGCUCUCAACUGUGACCCCUGCCUCAGAAAUGGCAGUGCAAAGUCCUUUUAGCCCCAGGCCGAGCCAGGCAUCCUUGACUAUAGCUUACUCUUUGACACCUGAGGCUUCAAUCGGAUCACACCCUCCUGGGCACAGGUCACAGCAAGGACCCCAUCCCGACGCCACAGCCGCCCAUGCACCAGCCCUCGAGAGCCACCUGUAAGCAAGGAGAAGGUGAGAUGGCCCCUGCUUCAGCACAAGCGUGCUUUGCCUGCAAAGGACCUGACACAGGGCAGAGCUGCCCCCAUACAACCGCACACUGGAACAUCAUGAUUCCAAAGUGCCAAGUGCCCCUGUGUGAGCCUAUUAUAGUCGCUGGGGGUUGGGGGGAUCCCCACACCCCAGCACCACUUGAUGGUUUAAAAGCACUUUCACGUAGUAUCUGCUCACUUCUCAAAAAGAUCACAGAGGGGCUCUGACAAGUCUCCAAAGGCUUGGCCAAGCAGACUGCCACAUCUCUGGCCACUUGUCAGAAUCCCAUUCUUUCCUUUCUGACACAGGAAGCCAAGUCCUCCCAGCUGGUAAUUCACCCACACCACCACAACGGGGAGGGUGCACCUGAGAGGAUCUAGAGCCCUCAAAGUGUGUGGCCUCCUUUCUCUAUCUUUCCCUUGGUGGCUCUGAGCCUGGUCCAGUUAUCCUCAGGAGGCUAACUUCAGGUGACACAGCAGAGCCCACUGAGGUCUGCUUUAGCCACAGGGUGUGAGCGUCACUCCCUGUCCUGUUUUCCAGACAAUGAUACUAAAGUACAACUAGGCUCAGGAACUCGGCCCGGAGGAUCAGGCCAAAGCUGACCGAGUGUCCUAACUUCAAGGUCAUGAAUCCUGUGCAGCGAUGGUGUCCGUACUCCAUCCUGACGAUAAGGAGCUGCUUAAGUUUCAUCCGUUUAUAAAGCAAAGCUUUUCUUC